AUGGUUACUAGGGGUCUAUGGAAUCUGCAUGUUGAUGGAAAAUGGUACCGUUCGCUUCACCCCCCACGGGGGCGUAUCACCUCUCCAGACGCACCUGCUACCUUUAUCAGUAACUGGGAGCCAGUACCAUUUCCUACCCCGCUUCAUAUCGAACUUGACUAUGUAUACAACAUCGAUAAGGAUUUGAGAAUAUUAACGAUUAUCCAAUGGAGCGGAGCAGAUGAUGUCCUGUUACGCCUGGUUAGAAAGGCAAAGCUGUGUGAAAUCGAAAAUUGUUCACUCACUACCGUUGAGGCUGUUCUUCAGAAUAUGGAGAAUUUCCUCGAGGGGCACAGCGCACAGGAUGACAAAGCUCAGUCCUCUGCAGCACUGGAUGUAGACAUCAGUACACUGACACCUUUAAACGAGCUUCAGUUCCGGUCAUUUACGGACUUUGCCUUCCUAUGGAAGUUCUAUUUUGAUGAUGUUGUAUCUUGGGUACGCGAACCUCUGCUGAACACCCUUGCCAUUGGGAUUCUGCGUAUUGCCGCAUGGGACUUUGAGAUAUUACUCGACACAGAUACCGGCGAAACCCCAAUUAAAUUUUAUUCUGCUCCAGGCUGGCCUGCUCCUUCGCAGGACAUAUUCUGGUUUCAUGGAUUUCUUGUCACUCUCUACAAUGCCACUGAUGCGGUUGACCACGCUAUCCUGAAGGCCAAAGCAUUUUUGGAUAAGAGUCAACGCGCGGGACACCAUGCUAGUGUGAUCCUUAUCCCUUUAAGCCAUGUUACGCUCGUUGAGAUAUCUGGUACAUGUGUGCAGCGCUCCCCAGCAAUACCGCUGAUUGUGAACUCAUUUGCAAUGCAUCCUUCACCUGGAUUUCGAGUUCUUGCCUCUAUUUUAUCGUCUGACUCUUGGAAGUUACCUCGUGCUCAUACAGAAACCUGGGAGAUAAACCUACCUCUUGAACUUAAUGGCCUUCAUCUGCGAAACCGUGGUUUCUCAAUACCAUGCUGCGGGGAACAACCCCAGUCUAAUAGAUAUGGUGUUCACCGCUCACUCUGUUAUGCAUGGUUUCGUAAGAAGUGUAUUGUUCAAGCCUCUGACACACUGGAGAAUAUAUAUAGAUGUUCUAAAUGCCGACAGAAUAAAACUUACACCAUUCUGGAAUCAGGUGGGAUUUACGGGGAAUACCGGAAAAAAAAGUCCAGGCCAAGAUGCAAAGUUGCUAUUAAUGGUAUGGCAAAAACACUUCACUUACGCCUGGGCAAGCCUGCACUCCGUCGGCCAGAGUUAUGGCUUAUCAGGGGCAUGUCUGUUCCUCCCAAGACCAUAAAUUACACGAUCUAUUUUAAUGACGUUUUCUCUGGGCUAGCACAUGGUCUUGAUGAAUAG